GGGCGGACAUUUUUGUCCAGGAGGUCCGGUUUGUUCUCGACACCAAAACCUCCUGACUACCUAGUUUUCCGAGGAAGUGGGCCAACGGUGCGAGCAGUCCGUGAUCCACUGACGGUUGUUGACACACUUUACCGUGGAAUUUGUCGAAUUAAACACGCUAAACGCGCUGAAACCGACUGGAUAGUUUAUAUUAUCGAGCAAAACGAGAUAACCGUUGGAGCUUGCCUCUCAGUCAGUUACUACGCGGUUAACAACAAGAGGGGCAAAAAAAAUGUCGGGAGAGCCAAUUCUCAUCACACUGGAAACUACCACCGGGGCCCCGAGUUCAUUCCCGGUGGUGUUGAAGAAAAUAAUGGAAAUGCCUCCGCCGAACAUACUGGACGGCGACGACGACACGGACAAGGAAAAGCUGUGUCUGGGAGACAGCGUUGACCUCGGGGGAGGAGGUAGCGACAUGGGUCCUUCAGCCGCUCUGACCCCUGCUAUCUGGGACAAGACCAUUCCUUACGAUGGUGAGAACUUCCACCUGGAGUACAUGGAUCUGGAGGAGUUCCUCAUGGAGAACGGCAUCCCCACCGCAUCUGAUGAGGACUCCCUGAAGAGCAGCCCUGAAGGAGACGCUGUGAAGACGGAGAAAGUCAAGGCUGCUCCCUCUGCACAGUCAAAGAUUACCAAGGCAGUGAGUGUGUCUCCAGUGGGCCUGCUGCCCAUUCAGGAGUUGGACAGGUGCGAGGAGGAAGUGGUGAUCAUCACCAAGAGUGACACUGAUAUCAUCUGUGAUGUCACUGCAGAGGUGACCACUGAGAAAGACAGAGUGACCCCCGAGCCCAUCGACCCUGACGAGAUCGAGGUCGAUAUCAACUACGAGCCAGAUCCCACGGACCUGGUCCUUUCGAGCGUGCCCGGGGGCGAGCUGUUUAACCCACGCAAACACAAGUUCAGUGAAGAUGAGCUCAAGCCACAGCCUAUGAUCAAAAAGGCCAAGAAGGUGUUUGUGCCUGAAGAACAGAAGGAUGAGAAGUACUGGCAGCGGAGGAAGAAGAACAACUUGGCUGCCAAACGCUCGCGUGACGCCCGCAGGUUAAAGGAGAACCAGAUCACCGUCCGAGCAGCUUUCCUGGAGCGUGAGAACUCGGUGCUGCGGACAGAGGUCGCAGAGUUGAGGAAGGAGUGCGGCCGCUACAAGAACGUCGUGGGUUGCUACGAAGCCAAAUUUGGACCACUGUAAGGGACACAUGAAACUUGCGGUGCCGGAAGACCAAUAGACAACUGCUGAUUUAUUCAUUUAUUUUUUUAAUGAAUCAAUAAAUCAAAACCAGCGGGGGUCGGUACGCGAGAACACUAGAAUCGAUCAGAUGAAGCGGAGGACGAAGACGAGGCGUGGCUGUUGCCGCUGAGACGCAAUAUCAUGUUAAUACCUGAUAUCUGGUUUUUAUUUUUAUUUUUUUAAUGACCUCUAUUUACCAUCUAUGUGAGUGCGAUGAGUGUGAGAGGAUAUUCAAGUGCUUCUUCAGUACACCUCUUUUACGAAGUGUACUUUUAUCAUGUUUUGUAUGCCUUUGGCCGAAAGAGAUCAUUUGUGAUGUUUAUUUUGGAGAAACUGUGGGUUUUAUUUUAGUUUUUUUUAGGCGAGAUAAUUGAUAUUUAGGUAGUGAUUGUUCAGUUUAGACUACAUUCUUAGUCAGUUUUAUGAUAUUACAGUAAAUAAACUGAUUUUGCAGGUUGCUUCCAGUUAUUCCCACAUUUUACUGACUUCUGAAACCCGCUUGUCCGUUUAUAUUUCUACGAGGCAGAUUGUGUGGAGAGCUGGGCUUUUCUUUAGACUGUGACAUUUCCAGUAACUUAAGCUUCUUCAGGGGAUAACAGUGACGUGGCUGGAAAAAAAAUCAGCCAUGUUCACUUGUCUUCAUGUAAAAAUACUCCUCAACCAGCGGCGCAGAGCUGUACAUAAACUCUCUGUUCUCCCCGUGUCAGUGUGUCUCUCGCUGUUUCUCUCGUGCAGCUGUUGGUCACGGCGUAGGACGCCUGCCUGGCUCUCUGCAGGUCGUCGUAUCAACUCAUUGAUUUACGCCAGUAAAGCGUUGUGUGUGUAGAAUCCACUGAUGCAUGUUUUGUAAAUAGUUGUAGCCUAAAAUUACACUUUCUAGUAUUUUUCCCCAAUAUUUGUACAACAAAUAUAUUCAGUCUCGUAGAACACGGGAGCUCAGAUACAGUGCCAGUCAAGUUUUUGAACAGGCUGUGAAAAUUAACCAAAAACUUUCCACCUCUUGGUGAUCAGCUGAAAUCUAUCUCAGUGCUUUAUUAAAGGUAGUUGGUGGUGAAAGGUGAAGGUCUACCACAGAAGCUUAAUUAAAGUAAUUAAGCUUGUUAUUUAUAAUAAAUUUACAAUUUAAUUAACAUACUCGUUCAGAAACCCUUGACUGGACUGUAUGUGCAUGUAGAUUGUAUGAUCUGUCGUAUCGUGCAACUUUCUUUUAUUCGUUCAUGUCUGAACUUGUACAGAAAUUCUCUCUGAUAUGUAAGCUGGCAGUGUCUGUUGCCAGCUGACUUUUAUAUUAUUUUUAUUUUGACAAACCAGGAAGUCUCAAUAAAUGCAGACUGUUUUUGGGGGCAUCUUUUUUCACAAAAUAAGAAACCCCAAACUCUAUGUGUCUUCUAUGUCUAAAGCCAUUUCAAUGCAGUGUACAGUCUGCUGUUUACUGUUGAUCAUUACAUACAAAAAUUAAAGUCGUUACCCUGAAUUAUGAUUAUUUUUUAGUCUUAUUCUGGCAAAAAGGGAAAGUGCUUCCAUCCAUAGACAUUGUAACUUUUUACCAAGAUCAAUAUGUUUUUAUUUUUUAGGAAAGGGUUUCAAAUGAAAUCUAACCUACUACUAAAUCUUAAUAACCAGCAGGAAAUACAGCGACACCUGUUCUUUUAUGAUAAACUUAAGUGCAGUCUUUUGUGUGGAGUAAAUCUGUAAGUCAGGACUGUCACGUUUAUCCAGAGUUAUUUUUGUGGGAAUACUUUAACUCCUACAACCUUGUUGGUUUCAGUCAAAAAAAAAAAAAAACAGUCACACUCCAUAAGAUCUCAAAAGUGUGUUUUCUGAAUCACAAACUUAACUAUAACUCUGACAUGAAUGAUAAUCUACUACUUCCUGAUUGUUUUAAUAAUUUUUAUGCUUUCUGUUGUAAUACUGGUUGCAUCUGCCUUCUAUAGUGGAACAACUUGUAAACACUGAGGAGUUGUUUUGAAUCCUGGUUCCGUCUGUAAAGAAAUGUCUUUGCAUUUUAAGUGUGGCUACCUUUUGUCUUGUAUAUACAGUAUGUAUAAAUAAAGCCUUGUUGAGAAAGUC